AAGGUGGACCAGUUCUUGAAUCAGUUCAUCAGCAAAUGAAACAUCAUUUUGAAGAACAUGGAACCAUGGAUUGUUUAUUUGACCAAGUUGAGGACUUAGAAGAUAAAGAAAUUAGACCUUAUCUAACCAAAACUUACCGAGAUUACCAAACUGCUAAAAAGCAAGACCUAACUGCUGAUUGCUUACAUGAUGACAAAAUAAAAUUCACUAAUGCGGUUAGUUCAGAAAUAGAUAGCAAAAUAUUCAUCAGCGAAUUAUUCCAAAAUCUACAAUUAACUUGCCAAGAAACAGAAUUAGAGAAACUUUUUAAGAAAGAACAUUUUCAUUUCGUUCAAAAUCCUUAUACUAUAGAAAAAAUCAAAAAACUGGUAAACAAUCCCUAUCUUGACUAUAACAAACUUUGCCAAAUCCCUUUGGGAAAAGAACCGCGAUUAUAUGGCAAUCUCCAAAAACUUAAACACACUAACCUUUACCUUUUUAAAGCCCUAAUUUUUGACCCUAAUCACCUAAUUUAUGAGGGAACUAAAUUCAAUAAGUUAAAGAAUAUGACUUGUCUAUUUAGUGAAAGUAAUUGUUCAGAAACCU